CUUGUGCGCAUCAUCUCCCCUCUUGAAUAUGGUGUACAGAAAACAAGCGUGGAGUUGAGUUACUUCGUGACAGAACAAGAAAAUGUCGAAAAGACGAAUAGACGUUGAUGGACAGUCGAAUUCAAAGAAAGUUAGAGACUACCAAGACCAUUCAACAAGCAGUCAAACUCCAUUCCCGAUUCUGCCAAGUUUGGCCGAAGAAGUUCCGAAAGUAAACAUUUACAAUGGUCGACCAUACAGCGACAGGUUCCACGAAAUUCUUAAAAAGAGGCUCCAACUACCUGUUUGGGAGUACAGAAAACAGUUCAUGGACACAGCUUUCAAAAAUCAGGUCAUUGUUCUUGUAGGAGAAACAGGCAGCGGAAAGACUACGCAGAUACCACAGUGGUGUCUUGAGCUGGUUAAUUAUGGCAGACGAAAGCACGUGGCUUGUACUCAGCCAAGGAGAGUAGCAGCAAUGAGUGUUGCGCAGCGUGUUGCUGACGAAAUGGAUGUCGUGCUUGGCCAAGAAGUGGGAUAUUCCAUUCGAUUUGAAGACUGUUCAAGUGCAAGAACACUCAUGAAGUAUAUGACUGACGGUAUGUUACUGCGAGAGGCAAUGACUGAUCCGCUUUUGGACAGAUAUGGCGUGAUUCUGCUUGACGAAGCCCACGAGCGGACUCUUGCCACUGACAUUCUCAUGGGACUUAUCAAAGAGGUGAUAAAACAAAGACCGGAUCUAAAGGUUGUUGUCAUGUCUGCAACACUGGAUGCUGGGAAAUUUCAAGAUUACUUUGACAACGCGCCAUUGAUGACCAUCCCUGGCCGAACACAUCCAGUAGAAAUAUUUUACACCCCCGAGCCAGAACGAGACUAUUUGGAAGCUGCAAUCAGGACUGUCAUUCAGAUCCACAUGUGCGAAGAAGUGGAGGGCGACGUUCUUCUCUUUUUGACUGGACAAGAGGAAAUUGACGAGGCAUGCAAAAGAAUCAAUCGAGAAAUCGAAAACCUUGGUCCUGAAGUGGGCGAUCUGAAGUGCAUUCCUCUGUAUUCGACUCUGCCGCCGAACCUUCAGCAGAGGAUAUUUGAGUCCCCGCCUCCAAAUAAGGCAAAUGGGGCGAUUGGAAGGAAAGUUGUCGUCUCGACUAAUAUUGCAGAAACUUCAUUGACAAUCGAUGGCGUCGUCUUUGUAAUUGAUCCUGGCUUCUCAAAACAGAAGGUUUAUAAUCCAAGAAUCAGGGUAGAGUCUCUCCUGGUAUCUGCCAUUUCCAAAGCAAGUGCACAACAAAGAGCGGGUCGUGCUGGGCGUACAAGACCUGGCAAAUGCUUCAGACUUUACACUGAGAAAGCGUACAAGAAUGAGAUGCAAGAUAACACAUACCCUGAGAUUCUGCGAUCCAAUUUGGGUACAGUUGUGUUACAGUUAAAGAAACUUGGCAUUGAUGACUUGGUGCAUUUCGACUUUAUGGACCCCCCCGCGCCAGAGACCCUGAUGCGAGCUUUGGAGUUGCUGAAUUAUUUAAAGGCUUUGAAUGAUAGCGGAGAUCUUACGGAACUCGGCUCAAUGAUGGCAGAGUUUCCACUCGACCCCCAGCUUGCUAAGAUGGUCAUCGCAAGCACAGACUUCAACUGCUCCAACGAAGCGUUGUCUAUUGUUGCCAUGCUUUCAGUCCAACAGGUUUUUAUGCGUCCAAACGAAGCCAAGAAAGCCGCAGAUGAUUGCAAGAUGAAGUUCGCGCACAUCGAUGGCGACCACCUCACGUUGCUCAAUGUAUACCACGCAUUUAAGCAAAAUCAUGACGACGUUCAAUGGUGUUACGACAACUUCUUAAAUUUCCGUUCGCUGAAAUCAGCCGAUAACGUCCGACAGCAACUGGCCAGGAUUAUGGACAGAUUCGACUUGAAAAGAAUCAGUACGGACUUCAACAGCAGAGACUACUACCUGAAUAUUCGCAAAGCAUUAGUUUCUGGAUUUUUCAUGCAGGUGGCACAUCUGGAGAGGACUGGUCACUAUCUCACUGUUAAAGACAACCAGGUUGUUCAACUGCACCCUUCCACUUGCUUGGAUCAUAAACCUGAAUGGGUUGUUUACAAUGAAUUCGUGCUGACAACAAAGAACUACAUUAGGACGUGCACUGAUGUCAAACCAGAGUGGUUGAUUCAAAUUGCUCCCCAGUACUACGACAUGAGCAACUUCCCUCAGUGCGAGGCCAAGCGCGUUCUAGAACGAAUAGCAGAGAAAGGAAGACGAGGACGAUGAAAAACUGAGUCUUUAGUAGAUUUGUAGUGAUAAUUAAGCCCCUCUAGGCUACUGGACGUUAAAUAUUCAUCAAAAGGACUGCCAGUCUCCACCUUCAAAGCUAAGGGCAAAGAACUUCAGGUUUAAGAAAUAAACUUCCUUGUUGUUAUUUCUUGGAAAUAAGUAUUUCUCAGUUGACGUUCUUUUUUAACGUUACUGAUAUACUUCCUGGUAGCAAGGCCCAGUUACUGUAUUUUUACAUGCUAUGUGUUCCACCUUCUCCACCUUCAAAGCUAAGGGUAAAGAACUUCAGGUUUAAGAAAUAAACUUCCUUGUUGUUAUUUCUUGGAAAUAAGUAUUUCUCAGUUGACGUUCUUUUUUAACAUUACUGAUAUACUUCCUGGUAGCUAGGCCCAGUAACUGUAUUUUUACAUGCCAUGUGUUAUCUCUGUAACAUUUAAUCUGUAAUGAUUCCUACAUGUAAAGAAACUUUUGUUUUG